ACAGUAAAUACAUCGGUUUGUUUAGCGAUAUGUGUCGUUAAAAUAAUUGCAAGUGACACAAAGUCGAUACUUAUUACCGAUAAUUACAACCAAACGAUUUUAAUUGUGAUCAGUCUUAAUUCAAAAUUCAGAGCGAAAGCGAAUAAAUUGAGUGAUAAGCAAAAAAUGAGAAAAACAAAAUCUAUCAAAACCUACAAGUUGAUACCUAUCGACGAAGAAGAAGAAGAUUCAUCUGAAGAUGAACAGUUAAAUUGUAAUGGAAAUGUGCUAGAAAGUUCUGAAUUAUGGAAGAAAAUUGGCAGUGCAUUAUUCUAUGGGGUUGCUUCGUUUUUUCUAACUGUUGUCAAUAAAACGGUGCUCACAUCAUGGCAUUUCCCGUCGAUUCUCGUGAUUAGUAUCGGUCAAUUAGCGGCCGCCAUUAUUGUACUAUAUGUUGGUAAACAAAUGGAUGUGAUUACAUUCCCGGAUUUCAAGAGUGAUAUUCCUAGAAAGAUGAUGCCAUUGCCGUUUUUUCACUUAGGAAACAUGGUAACCGGAUUGGGUGGUACGCAAGCGUUGCCAUUGCCAAUGUUUACGGCACUUCGACGAUUCUCAAUUUUGUUGACGAUGCUGUUGGAAAUCAAAAUAUUGGGUGUCAAACCAUCGCUGGCGGUUAAAAUAAGUGUGUGGUGCAUGAUUAGCGGUGCACUUGUGGCUGCCGUUGACGAUUUAACAUUCACGAUCGUGGGUUAUUCAUAUGUGAUGCUCGCAAAUUUCAUGACCGCUGCAUAUGGAGUUUAUAUUAAGCAAAAACUGGACAUAGCUGACAGCAUAAACAGAUAUGGAGUAAUGUUCUACAAUUCAUUGCUUAUGAUCGUACCUGCCAUUGUACUCGCUUGGUUCACUGGUGAUUUACACACAGCUUUUAAAUACAAACAUUGGGCAAACGUCUGGUUUUCUGCACAAUUUUUCUCAAGCUGUUUUAUGGGCUUCAUUCUUACCUAUUCCACAUUUUUGUGUACACAAUACAAUUCAGCACUAACAACAGCCAUGGUGGGAUGCUUCAAAAAUGUGUUUGUCUCUUAUCUCGGCAUGUUCAUCGGCGGCGACUACAUAUUCUCAUGGCUCAAUUGCAUUGGUAUUAAUAUCAGCGUUAUCGCGAGUAUUUAUUACACUUAUAUUGUAAUCGCUAAAAAAAGUGACCCGGAAAAGCUGCUGCCUAAAAGUACGCAGCAGGUGUAAAAACCUUUAUGUAAUACUCUUCUAUUUAUUGAUUAUUUU